AUGUCCAUCCACGCCCGUCUCAACCCGGAUCAUCGCGAGAUCAGACUCGUCCGUCUUAUCCCGCAACCCAAAGCUCGCGAAGAAAGCAACAUCCCGAAGCUCGAACUCCAGCUCCGGUCCGCCUCGCUAGAAGACGACGACCUCGCGUACUCGGCGCUCUCAUACGUCUGGGGCGACGCGUCCAACACCACUGAGGUCGAAAUCAACGGACUCCCCUUCCUCAUCACCAUGAGCCUGCACGGCGCCCUCCUCCAACUGCAGCAGAACGGCGUGGAAUGUUGGCUCUGGGUAGACGCGAUAUGCAUCGCGCAGUCCGAUGUCGAUGAGAAGAGCCAGCAGGUCAACAUGAUGCGCGAGAUCUUCGGCCGCGCGCAGACGGUGUACAUGUGGUUGGGACCCGGCACCGCGGAGACCGACAAGGCGAUGGACGUCAUCUCCGCACAUGGACCCGGGCUUCACGCUUGCGGCGCUGAGGCUUUCCGAAUCGACCACAAGAAGAGGAUCGAGUUGUGUCGAUUCAAUAGGGGGAGAUUUCUUCGGGAAAGCAGCUCUGAAGGUGUCGUGCAGGGGCCGUCCUCGGCGUUGGGCGUUGCCGUUGAAGACCUCUUUCACAGCUACCUGGCGAACAAAGACGUCCUGCAAUCCGGUUUCUCUGACAUCCUCGGCCGAGAUUACUGGUCCAGGGUCUGGAUCAUCCAAGAGGUCGCCCUGGCGCAGCGUUCAGUAGUCCUAGUGGGGGAAAAGGCGGUCCAGACCGAGGGCUUCGACGCCGCGAUCAUGUCGUUGGUGUCAUGCGGGGGAUGGGAUCUCACCGGGCUGACCGGAACCCUGGAUUGCAUCAAGGCCCUGGAGGUGCGCAGCAACCGGCAGGUCGAUAGGUGUAAUCCACAGCUGGUGGACGUGCUCUGGGUGAUGGGCGCGGCGCCAGGGCGGCCUCACUACACCGCGUCGGACCCGCGCGACAUCGUGAUCGGGCUGCUGGGCGUGAUCUGGGAGGGGGAGAGCAAAAUGCUCUCUGCUGAUUACACGCAGUCAUUUGAGGAAAUAUUCACCCGGGCCACGAGGGUUAUGCCUUUGAACAACGACUCGUUCGGGAAAUUUGGCCUAGAUUCCGUCAAGCCGGGCGAGGCCGACGGCUUACUGCCAACCUGGGUCCCCGACUACCGAAAGAUUGGCAUUGAGGGCGUCCAUCCAUGUCGCAUCAACCAUUGUAGGAGGUACAACGCCAUGGGGAAGAAAUCGCUGCGUCAGAGUGCCCUAGCCGGUCCGGCUCAGAGCAAUCGGGUUCUUUCUCAGUCGGGGUAUAUAGUCGACGAAAUCACCGAGGUAAUGAACAUCCCAGAUGAUGACGAAUUCUUCGGAGAAGUCCAAGUAAAAGACCCCGACGCCUGGUUCGAGGAUUUUCUUGCCUUUGUCGGGUCAGAACUUGAUGGUGGAUAUGACGACGAGCGCAUCUGGAGGACUACGAAGCCAUUAUACUACGCAACCGACGACGUCGAGAACUCAAAAGAGAUACGUCAAAUCAUAUCUCAAAAGGGAAGUUUGGAUGUCGCCAAUCUGACAACUGCCCAGAGUGACUUUAUUCACGGCAAGGGUUGUUAUCGGCCGGACUGUUCCCACCCGCUUGACGAUAGCCAUAUCGCGGCCUUCGGAAGAGAGUGGCGAUUUAGUUGGGCUUUGCAGAACCGGGAGCGAACCUUCUUCAAGACGAGCGAGGGCAUGCUUGGGCUAGGCCACAUAGGUCUCGAGGCGGGAGAUAUUGUCACACUGAUCUGGCAGGUAAGCUCGCCAAUCGUGCUGCGGCGGCGAGCUGAAGGAGGAUUUUACUCUCGAGGAGAUGCGUACGUCGACGGCAUCAUGCAAGGCGAGUUCCUCGACACCGACCCGGAAGAGGUACAGUUUGCCAUACACUGA